UUACAUUCAACCGGGAUCCCGAUCAUUUGGACGGAGCGGCAUCAGGCAGAAGGGGUCUGGAGAGGGGGGAGGAUCAUAUAUAUCACAUAUUUAUUAAAAAAACAAUGUCUGCGCGGAUGCUCGCGCCUCAAUGAGCGCGGAGGAGAGCAGGCGGAGAGGAGGAGAGACGUGCACCGUCAUCAGCAUCUGUCCGCCAGCUCCCCUUUGUGUUCGCCGCCGGAGAGCGUGAAUGGCGAGAGAUGACAUGGCAGAGGUGGAUCCGGCACCGGGCGCACCGGAGCCGCCCUCCGGCGGGAGCUCCCCCUCCGAGGUCCCUUACGAGGAGUACGAGUGCAAGAUCUGCUACAAUUACUUCGACCUGGACCGCCGCGCGCCCAAGAUCCUGGAGUGCCUGCACACGUUCUGCGAGGAGUGCCUGAACACGCUCCAUCUGCGCGAGGAGCGGCCGUGGCGCGUCAGCUGCCCCGUGUGCCGCCACCGGACCCCGGUGCCGGACUACCGGAUACAAAACCUGCCCAACAACACCAAGGCGACGGAGGACUUCCCGCUCUACAUCCACGCGGACCCGCUGCCCCAGGACGCGCUGCCGCUGCACCCGGCCGCGCUGCACCCGGCGCUCGUCGCCCUGCGCCGCGAGGAGGCGUCGGGGGGCGCGUGGUCCGGCGGCGGGGGGGGCCACGCGACCCCGUCCACCACCGUGUCCAGCGCCACCACCCUCUCCCAGGACUCGGUGCGCUACGACAGCUGCCAGAGCUGCAAGCGGGUGGCGCUGACCACCGGCUGCGUGUGCGUCAUCUUCUCCUUCCUGUCCAUGCUGGUGCUGCUCUUCAUGGGCCUGAUCUUCGUGCACAGCCACAGCCUCCCGGCCUCGCCGGCGGGGCCCAUCUGCCUGUCGGUGGCCAGCAUCCUGGCCAUGUUCUCCGUGGUGGUCACGUGGCUCAUCUGCUGGCUCAAGUACAGACCGGACCACGAGACCGGCCGCCUGUCCGCCACCGGCAGCUCCCGGAGGAACGCCUGACGCCCGGUGGAGGCGCUCGGGUGGAGCUUUUCUAUAUAGGAAUAAAGUCUCGUCCAAAAAUGGCCUUUUCUUCAUAUAGCAAACACCCAGAAGGCCUUUCGCGUGGUUUGGAUGAUCCUUGAUAAUCUGGCCCUUCUUUUUUAUUUUAUUGCCAGCUAUAGGCCCCUCAUCCACCGGUGACCUUUGACCCCGCUGGUGUUGGUUUGACUUGAUUGUGAAGUUCUUCUCCCUUGUCCCCGCCCCCUUUUCCCUGCUAUAAACGAUAUGCAUCUCCCACCGGUCCACACACUCGUAUAAUAAAUGUCUCUGUACAGAUGUUCACCGUGUUCACCGAUGAGCUCCAGAGGCCUCCGAAAUGUCCCGGAAUAGCCGGCGGCGAGCGGCUGGCUGGAUGUGGCGUCGGCCAUCUUUCUCCGUGACCUUUCGCCGACCCUUUGCGCUCCGACUCUCCUCCAGAGGAUGAGAGGAGGCCACUUCCUGUUCUCCCACCUGCUCCUCCUCCAGGUGGUUUAUUUAACUUUCUCUUUAAAAAGAGGAUUUAUCCGCUUGUGGUGUUUUUGUUGUUGUUGUUGACAGUGUUUGGGCUACGUAGUUGUGCAUGUUAGGCUCCUGAAAAGGGGGGGG